UGGGCCGUGUCCUUAAAUCCUGAACGUCAGUACCAUUUUGUUUAUGAGCAGAAGAACUGGACUGAAGCACAGCAGCACUGCAGACUGUAUUACACAGACCUGGCCACCAUAGAAAACAUGGAGGAUGUGAAGACCCUGAAUGACAUGGUGGACUUGAACAAAUUUGAUGAAUCUGCCGACAGCUAUCGAGCCUGGAUCGGGGUGUACAAUGACGUGAGCAGCUGGAGGUGGUCGAGGUCGGACAGAAGUGAUGAGACUGAGUUCAGAAACUGGAAGCCUGGACAACCGGACAAUAAAGGGGGACACGAACUUUGUGCAGAGAUUUUUGUCAGUGGAGAAUGGAAUGAUAAACCCUGUGACAAAACCCUCAGUGCAAUCUGCUCUGAUGUCAGAGGGCAAAACGAGACAUUUGUGUUCAUCGACAAAACGAUGACAUGGGCUCAGGCUCAGAGCUACUGCAGGGCUCAUCACACAGACCUGGCCAGUGCGAGAAACGUGUCAGAGAAUCGGAGGGUAAAGGAGUUGGUGCCUGCUGAAGAUCGAUCUGCCUGGAUCGGCCUUUUCAGAGAUUCCUGGAAGUGGGCGGAUGGAAGGACCUCCACAUUUAGAUACUGGAAAACAAAAGAACCAAAUAACCAAUACUGGAGAGAGAACUGUGUGGCAGCAUACUUUAAACAUUCUGGAAACUGGGAGGACUGGAACUGUGACUGGAAGAAGCCAUUUGUCUGCUACAGUGAUCCUGUUUACAAGCAAGCGGUGAGAAUCAGGCUGGAGAAAAAUGCUCAUCUGGAUCUGAAUCGUGCUGCUGUGAUGGACGACAUGCUGAAACUGGUUAAACAGCAGCUCCAGGCCCACGGGGUUAGAGGGGACAUCACCCUGAGCUGGAGGAAGCAGUCAGAUGGAAACGUUUUUCACAGCAACACAAAGAAAACAAAGAAGAUAAAAAACCCUUAAGCAAAGAUAAAAGCUUUGAGUGUUGCAUUAUUUAUCUUAAAAGAUUUGUUUCGUGUCCAUUCUUCAUGCUUUUGUUGUUUUCCAAUCAGCGUCACUGCAUCAGCUAAUUAAGCAACACGUCUGUAGUGCAUAAGUAAAGGGAGACCGAUCGUUUUUCUAACAUAAGUUCAUCUUCAGAAGCAAACUCCAAGGUGUUUUAGACACCCACACUGCAUUUCUGACAUCCCCAAUGACUUAAAUAAGUUCCUUUACUUCUUAGAUAAUAAAGACAUGUCAUGGUUGUGGGUCUGUGUCCCAGCAUUUAGUGUUUUUGAAUGAUUAAUAGUCUUUGAUUUCAUUCUUAUUCAUAGUUUCUAGUUUCUUGGUUCCUGUCUCUGUGCCUGUCUCAUGUUCCCAGUUUUGCUUCCCCCCCAGUCUCAUUGUGAUUUCUCCCCCCUCGCUAUCUGUCUGCACAUCUCCUGUUGCAUUUCUCAUGUUCCAGCCUUUCUUGUGUCACAAUACGUCUGUGUGCAGGCAAGAGAAGGACCCAAACGCAAACUCAAAAAACAGCUUUAUUGCUGGUGUGGAAGCGAAACAAAGAACAAAACUAAACUGGGAAAACUAAUAAUAAAUCAUGCUUGGAAACACAGGGCGAAGAACGGGGAUAACGAGGGGGAAUGAGCCACAGGAGGAGGUAAACUUAACAGACUGGGGAGACAGAACAUAGGGACCUGAAACAUGGGACAGAAAGGCACAGCAGACACAACAUGAACAUAACGACGCCACAGGGGAAGAGUAAAACAGAACACAACACAGGACCUCUUUCAAAAUAAAAUAGGAAACAUAAUGAAACGCAGACAUGAAACACAUGAAGGACGAGGGAGACUUAACAGGGGUUGAAAACACAAGGGGAAACUAAUAAACAAAUGAAGUUAGAUAACCUAAUGAACUUAAGCAUAAACCAUAAACAUCAGAAGGCCCAGGCCCACCUUGUUCCAUGUCUCAGGUCUUUAGUUUCUUUGUGCUUGUUUUUAGGUUUCUUCCAGUUUAGGUUUUGCUAGUUUCGUCAUUGUCACCCUUUGCUUUUGUCUGUAUUUUGCUUUGCUGUAAUAAAGGCUCACGUUCAGUUUAAGUCUGUCACUAGUGUCUUUGGCUGAGGAUUUGUCCCUUUUAUCUUUUGAUUCUUUUACUGAUCUUAACUGUUUCAACUAUUGUGGAGUUUUGUGCUGUUUUCAUUUGAUUUUGUUUACCUGCUAUCCUCAUCUGUUUUCAUUAUUUUUUUGCCUCUUUAGUCGUUUUUUCAUUAAAUCCUUGUGUGGAUCCCGUGAAAUGUGAUAAAUAUUACUUUCAGUUUCUUUGCAUCCAUCAGCUUCAUGAUGGGAUGAGGAUCGAUUCUGAAAGUUGGCUUGCUGGACUGACCUGGUAACAUUGAGUAACUGUACGUGUGACAGCAGCAUAACC